AUGCCGAUCAAGAUCUGUGUGCUUGCAACGUGCGCGUCGGUGGCGGCAGCUGCCAUGUGCACCGGCAGCGAUUUUGGCUCUGCGUACACGAGUGCGAUCAAGGAGGCGGCGCCGAGCUUUCUUCAGUGCGCCGAAGACGUUGGCAUCUCGCUUGAAGACAUUGCGGCCAACAAGGUGGAUCAGGCGACACCGGCCCAAGUCCAAAAGUUUGCCAAGAGUCCGAGCUGCGCGGCGGCGUUCAAGACGAUCCAAAAAGCCUCCAAGGCCAUCUCACCGCCGUGCACGAUGGGCACCAUGUGUGGCAAGGAGCUCACAACGGCGCAAUUUGCUGAUAUGCCGUACGAAGACUACUUGAAAGCGGCUGCGCAAGGCGACAAGUGCACGCUGCCAAGUACGUCGAACGCCGCGUCGACCUCGAGCCUCGGCCUCGUUGCAUCGAGUGCCCUCGUACUGUACACGAUGCUUCAAUAA